UGUACAUGCUUGUUUCACUUAAAAAAUUCAUUCUCCUUUGGACUCUUCUCUAUCUUUCUAUCUCCAUCCCUGGUUUCGUUUUGGGCCUCGGCUCUGCAAAUUCUGCAGUCAUGGUGAGACGCCAUGGAUGGCAACUGCCUGCUCACACAUUUCAGGUCGUUGCCAUCACUGUAUUCUUCUUGCUAGUUGUUGCUUUUUAUGCCUUUUUUGCACCAUUUCUUGGUGGGCGUAUCUUUGAAUAUGCUUCAAUUGCUGUUUACACUCCUGUGGCAGUCACAGUUUUUAUUCUCUAUGUCCGCUGCACAGCUAUUAACCCCGCCGAUCCUGGGAUUUUGGCGAAAUUUGAUGGUGGGUCAACCAAUAUCCCAAAGGAUAAUCUUGGGUUGCCAGGUACAAACCCGCAAGGCAAUCUUGGCGAAAUUCCCAUUGGGAUGCAUUCAUCUGCAUCGUCACCUUGCAGCAGCUCCAUAGGAGGCAACUCUAGUAGAAAAGCUCCAGUUGGAGAAGCUGGGAGGGUAGAUAUCCCGAUGGGCCGCACAAAUAAAAAGUCAAGAUCUUGCUUCAAUGUUGGAGGAAUCUUUUGUGCAUUGUUUGUGAAUGAGGAUUGUUGCAGACAUGAAGGGGCCACUGAGCAGCAAGCUGCUAGGGAGGAUGCUCUUUUCUGUACGUUGUGCAAUGCUGAGGUUCGCAAGUUCAGCAAACACUGCAGAAGCUGUGACAAAUGUGUGGAUGGAUUUGAUCAUCAUUGCCGGUGGCUUAACAAUUGCGUGGGUCGGAAGAACUACACAACUUUUAUACUGCUUAUGGCCACAAGUCUCAUUUGGCUUGUAAUUGAGUGUGGAGUUGGCAUUGCCGUUCUAGUGCGCUGCUUUGUUAAUAGAAAGGGCACCGAGGAUCAAAUCAUUGAGAGACUUGGCAAUGGUUUCUCCCGUGCCCCAUUUGCAACUGUUGUGGUCAUUUGUUCGGCGGUUUCAUUACUUGCUUGUGUGCCUCUGGUGGAGCUCUUCUUUUUCCAUAUGAUAUUGAUCAGAAAGGGUAUUACAACCUACGAGUAUGUUGUGGCGAUGAGGGCCAUGAGUGAUGCACCUGCCGGAUCAGUUGAUGAAGAUAAUAACCAAAACAUGCUUUACUCCCCAACUGGUUCUGCUACAACCGGGUUAAGUGGUGGCAGUUCUCUUGGCCUGCAAUAUAAAGGCGCAUGGUGCACUCCUCCAAGAGUAUUUGUUGAUCAUCAGGAUGAGGUUAUUCCACACUUGGAUCCCGGAAUGGUACCGUCUACAGUCGAUCCGGAUGCAGCUGGAACUGCAGAUAGAGCCAACAAGAUGCCUAAAAGGCCAGUCCGUAUCAGUGCUUGGAAGCUUGCCAAGUUGGAUUCAAAUGAAGCGAUGAGAGCAGCAGCCAAAGCCAGAGCAUCAUCAUCUGUUCUGCGGCCGGUCGAUGGCAAUCGUCCUCCAGAUGCCGAUCUAAGCUCCAGUGGAAAUGUGAGUGUUAGAAGUAGUACGAGUGUAGAUUUUGGAGGAAAUAAAGAAAUGAAGAACGAGAUGAAACUGUCUCCUUUGGGUAACUCAUACCCACCAAGUCAAGCUAGUAGGGAUGAAUACGAUAUCGGAACUCAAAGCAUGAGUAGUUUUAGCAGUCCGAGCCAUGGUCAUGACGCAGUCGCUUUGAGCCCUCUUCCAGUAGAACCCCCAUCUCGUACUUCUAAUGUCAUGGCCACCGGGUCCCAUCAGCAACGUUUUCUUCCUGAUCGCUCUUUUGCUGCUGGCAGAGCUGUCCCCAACACCCAUCCCAAAAACCCGGUAUUUCAGUCAUCUGCUGCUGGAUUUGAUGAGAGGAUCAUGCAAAUGAAUAACGCUGACCCACUGCUGUUAUCUGGCCACCAAUCCACUUCCCUUGUCAGGGAUAGUAAGAGGUCCUCUGUUGUGUGGGACCAAGAGGCCGGCCGGUACGUGUCAGUCCCAUCUGCUACGAGGACCGAAACUGCUCUAGAAAUUCCAUUCCGAGCAUCAUUGCAACCUGUAGUAGUAAACCCACAUGCUGAAACGAGCUCUCAUGCUAGAAGGGCUGCUCUUCCCGACUCUUCUGCUGCAAAGGCUCCAAUGCAACAAGCAGAAAAGCUAAUGUACACAGGAAAAUCUAUAUUCUUUGGGGGGCCACUUUUGAGUGUCCCAUCUAGAGAUGACGGUCCAAGAAACGAUAGCGGUACAAGCUCCAGACCAGAUCAAGAUAGGAUACCUAACAUGCCACCAGAAGCUAGAGUGGGAAGGGCCGCAGCAUCAAACCAAUUCCCCCUUUUCACUCCCGGAACAUGGCAGCAGAACCCACCAUCGAGCUCGAAAUAGUUGACGGGUUUGAAGUCUUCAAUGAGAGUUCCACUGCGGUUGAGCUCUAUGGUAUCAAACAGGAAUGAUUUCUGUAACAACUUCGGAAUCAUGCUCAGUGCAGUUUUCAGAGUUGUAGGAGGAUACUGAAAAGACCACAGGCUUACGAUUAAUGCCUUGGUUCUGUGCCAUUGACCAGGGUACAGAAAACGGCUGAAAGAGCGAUUUCGACGUCCUCUUUACAUGCAUGAAUUAUUCUUCAUUCACACGGCGCCUUUUCUUUUUUCCAAGCAUCAGGUUUUCAGGUUUUAACACUACAAACCAGACAAACUGAAGAUUGGGGCAGCUAAAGGAGCCUUUCUUGCAAAUGGUUCUCUUCCAAAAUCUCCGUGAGUUCUCUUUUGACGCCUCAUAUCGAGCUUGUAGAUAGAUUUUGGAUCUUGAUGCGUGGAUAGUUUCUUCUGGUAGGCAAAAGAAUCGGAGAAUUUUAGUCUGUAUCUCUUUGUGACAGGUUUUAUCAGUAGCUUGGAUCUGUCGAUAUCUGUGGAUAUUUUGUCUUUUCGAGCUGCGUUUGGACGCACAAUUAAGUUGGAUUGCAAAAAAUUAGUUUAAUGAAAAAAAAAAAAAAAAAACUAGUUAUUUUUUGUA